GUUUGUUCUCAGGUCAGGCUCGCGCACUUGGAUCCGGAUCCUAACCGUCACAAACACACAAAAGCGCGGAUAACGGAGAUGAUUUCCCUCACAAACGAACAAUAAAUGGAGUAAAGUGUACGCUUUCGUCUCAUCGCAGAGAUGAAAUGUUCUGUCAGUUUCCACACACAUUGUAUGUGACCCGCUCCAAGUAGCGGGAAUUUCCCGUGACAGACAGCAGAUGGGAUUCCACUAGAGGAGAGUUGUUGUUGUUGGAAAUGGGACCGGGUCUCGGCUCUUUUGGAUACGGUACCGGAGGAACCGCGUUUUCUUGAACGGAGAGCAGUCGAUACAAGGAGACGAGAUGCGCUCCGACCACAGCUUCAUCCUGCUCCUCAUCGGGAUAGCGUGCUUGCUUGCUCUCGGACAGGAAGAUACCCACUCCUCAUCUUCUUCCUUUUCUCCUUCAUUCAAGUCCUCCUCCCCUGCUGACUCCUCUAAAACUCUGGGGGUUCUGGGAGCUCAGGGUUCGUCCUCACCCCUGAGCCGCUUGGUGAUGCAUAGCCGAGUCCGUGCCACCAAUACUUCCACGAUGGAGCAGGAAUUUUGGGAAAUGCUGGGUAGUGACCUCCUUAAAUCAGACAUGGAUGCGUCGGGGAACUCCCGUGUCAAGCGCCAUCCCCCAAUCGUCAAAACGGGCAAAUUUAAGAAGAUGUUUGGCUGGGGCGACUUCUACUCCAACAUCAAGACGGUGCGCCUCAACCUGCUCAUCACUGGUAAGAUUGUGGAUCAUGGGAACGGAACCUUCAGUGUCUACUUCCGUCAUAAUUCCACUGGCCAGGGGAACAUCUCUGUCAGCCUGGUUCCGCCGGUGAAGGCGGUUGAGUUUGACUUAGAGCGCCAGAGUGUGGUCUACCCUAAAGAUUCCAAGAUCUUCAACUGUCGUAUUGACUACGAGAAGGUGGACCGCAGCAAACGCACCUCGCUCUGCAACUAUGACCCUUCCAAGACCUGCUUCCAAGAGCAGACACAAAGCCACGUGUCCUGGAUCUGCUCCAAACCCUUUAAGGUCAUUUGUAUCUACAUUUCAUUCUACAGCACAGACUACAGACUGGUGCAGAAGGUCUGCCCAGACUAUAAUUACCACAAUGAGAUGCCCUAUCUACCUUCAGGGUAGAUCUAAGAGGACCAGCGAACUAAAGGAUUAAGGGAGGCUGGUUAAGGGAAGGGGUUAACAAAUGAGGGAUAUCUGGAAAAGAUCGAACAUUAAUUUUUGAGGGGGGUAUUUUAAACGAUACUUCUUGAAAGACUCUUAACUUUGAGCUUUUGAAAUGCCCCCUUAUGAUCUGAACUCUCUUCUGUAUGGCCUGUAGUCAUCACAGAUGCUUCUCUAAAGGUGAAUGUACUGUAUUUGAUGUGCUGCAGUUGAUGUCUUAAAGAAGUUCUGAAACAACCUGGCAAAUGUGGCAUCCAAAAUCACACAGUAUAUGCAAAACCAAAUGGUCAGGCCUAGGUGAAAGUUUUUUGCUGCUCAGGGUGGGAGGGUUGUCUACAUACAGUAAGUACAAAUUCCUGAUUGGCUGCC